CGAGUACCUAGAUGAUGAGGUCAUUUCAAUGUAUGCAUGUCAUCUCAACCAUUUUGUCAUGUAUGAGAAGCAACAUAGAAUUGAGGACAAGUUCUGCUUCCUACCUGCCGAUAUACAGGUGGGAGUACAGAAGUAUGUCUAUACUGUUGACAGUGUAUUCAAUGAUUAUCGAUUCAGCUACUUGCGCAAUGCCUACGGAUGCAACAAGGAUGGUAAGCAUUGGUACCUGGCCGUGCUAAUGAUGGAAUUAGAAGAAGUUCAUUUGGUCGACUCAGCACCUAGGGCAAACAACAAUGAGUUUUGUAGGAAGACCGUACGCCAUAUGAUGAAUGUUUUACAUGAUUUAUUCCUUAAGUUGUACUUUGAAUUGGGUACAACGAAGGCGCUGCCGAAAAUUAGUGCGUUUCAACUAGUUAUUCCUGAUGGGGUUCCUAUACAAUAAAACAAAUUUGAUGGUGGCAUGUGGGUUUGCUUAUGGAUGAGGUUCUCAAGUAACUUGGGAAGAUAUGAUGUCGGGCCUUGUGUCGAUGGGAAACGAAUUAGGCUUGCUCUGGACUUGGUUGGUGGGCCACCGAAUGCUAAGUUGGAGAAAAUGCUUCGACGUGCGCAUAAGCACUCGUCUAAAUGGAUGAACAUGAUCCUCAAAGAUAUGGCUGUCAUGGGUGGAGAUGCAUACCUUUAAAUUUUUUUGUUUCUUGUUUUAUUUGUUGAACUAGUUUAUUUAUUGUUUGAUAAUCCUUUCCCCAAAUGUUUAGUUCCAUAGUAUCGAUUAUUGUGGUACAUUGACAAUUUUUUAGGCAUACAC